CCCAGGAACUCCUACCUCUCGAGAUUGGCGAGGGGGGAUCCCAGCUCUGAAGAAGGACCAUGCUCAGUGGGGAUCCGAGGACCAGAUACCUUCUGUGGGCACUGAAAACCAGCUUAUCCAUGCCUAUUUCCUGUGAUGGACGAAUCUGACAUUAAUGUGAGUUCUGGGGAGGGUUUCAGGUAUGCAGAGAAGAUUGGACUGCUCAUCUUUCUCUCUGCAGUCAUCCUAAUGGCCAUACUGGGAAACCUAUUGGUGAUGGUGGCUGUGUGCAGGGACAGACAACUCAGGAAAAUCAAAACAAAUUAUUUCAUUGUCUCCCUGGCCUUUGCGGAUUUGCUUGUCUCUGUGCUGGUCAUGCCCUUCGGUGCCAUCGAGCUGGUCCAAGAUGUCUGGAUUUAUGGCGAGAUGUUUUGCCUGGUCCGAACAUCUCUAGAUGUUCUACUCACCACAGCCUCAAUAUUCCACCUGUGCUGCAUUUCACUAGACAGGUACUAUGCCAUCUGCUGCCAGCCUUUGGUCUAUAGGAACAAGAUGACCCCACUACGCAUUACCCUGAUGCUCGGAGGCUGUUGGGUAAUCCCCAUGUUUAUUUCUUUCCUCCCCAUAAUGCAACGCUGGAAUAACAUUGGCAUAAUAGACUUGAUAGAGAAGAGACAGUUUGACCAGGACUCGAACUCCACCUACUGCAUCUUCAUGGUCAACAAGCCCUAUGCCAUCACAUGCUCUGUGGUGGCCUUCUACAUCCCUUUUAUUCUGAUGGUCUUGGCCUACUACCGCAUCUACGUCACUGCCAAGGAGCAUGCCCUCCAGAUCCGGGUCCUGCAGAGGGCCGGCGCUCCCACAGAGGGUCGCCGAGAGCCCCCCGAUCAACACAGCACUCAUCAUCGCAUGAAGACAGAGACCAAGGCCGCCAAGACCCUGUGCAUCAUCAUGGGCUGCUUCUGCCUCUGCUGGGCCCCAUUUUUUGUCACCAACAUCAUCGACCCUUUUGUGGGCUAUAGCGUCCCUGCCCAGCUUUGGACCACCUUCCUUUGGCUUGGCUACAUUAACUCAGGCCUCAACCCUUUUCUCUAUGCUUUCCUGAACAAGGCAUUUCGUCGAGCUUUCCUCAUCAUUCUGUGCUGUGAUGAGGAACGUUAUCGGAGACCUUCUAUCCUGGGUCAGACAGUUCCCUGUUCUACCACUACCGUCAAUGGGUCCACGCAUGUGCUAAGGAAGUGGAUACCACCCUCUGCCUUGUAUGGAAAAGUCACACAACUUUUCAAAAAGCCCCAAAGGGAAGAGAGAGAGAGAGAACACCAUCGCUCUAACGAAACAAUGCAUCUGGCGGCCAGCCAUCCCCCAGAGUCGAUCAAGGUUCCCCACUGUUCGGAGAGUCACAGCCGAUGACCAAGCAUCAGGAGCCCCCAGAACUAUUGGGGGAGUCCUGGGGGUUGGACACUUGCCUACCAAAGAGGCGAUGUGGCGUGAAUGCCCAGGCAGCCCAGGACAUCGGAAAGGAGUCUAAACUCCCUGUGGUCUGGUAGACACCAGGAAAGGGCUCUGCCUGCUCUUUCUUUGCUUCCUGUGGCAAAAAGCACCUGCUGACUAAACGUCCUUUGAGUCCUCAGUUGUUUGUGCUGUGAGGCCAGCGAAACCAAAGGGCAGCUCGGGUUGCUGAUUCCUUCUUCAGAGGAAGAUCUGAUCAGAUUCCACUUCAUGAGAAUGGCAUGCACUGCUUCCUCCUUCAGAGGACAGUUUGGGCUCUGUUCAUCUUCAGAGGCUGCUAACUUCCUCCAAGAAAGUCACAGGCUGGCUCCAUCUCCCUGGAAAACAUUCUGAGGAGCAAUUCUGGCUGGAACUGUGAAUAGACAAAGCGAACCCAAUUUUCAGGAGCAGCCACAGCCUCGACAGAAGCUUCGGUCCGAAGGGGAACACGAGAGACCAUCCAAAUGUCAUGCACGAUUUUUGGCUGUCUGACGUUCAGUGACAUUCGUGCAAGCAGACCUGUUGUCUCUCUUCCCUCAGGUCUUCUGCAUUAGUGUUUUCUGGCUUUUUAAAGUUGUAGUUGGGGGGGGUUGUUGUUUUCUUUUGCUUCUCUAGUUGUUGUGAUUGUUUCUCAAUAUGUCUCUCUCCUGUAGCCCCACAAAGGCAAAAUAAAGCAACCAUGGGAGAGUUUCUCUCUUCUCCCUUACACUUGCUACGGGUAGGGAACUGAAA